AAGCAGCGUGAACGCGCCAAUCUGAACUCCAUACUCAUUCUGGUCUGUCAGUCUUUUUAUCUCACACAGUGUGUCUCCCUCCUCUUUGUCUCCUCCUCCAGCCUCAUGUUCACACCACCGCCGAGCCGGAGCAGUUUACCUGUGUAGCCGACACUGAGAGUCGGGGGGCCGGCGGAGUCCACUGAGCGGUGCCAGGAUGCGGUGCCACAAGUUUUGGGGACCAUGUUCGCUCGGGUUUUAUAUUUGGACGGCCAUGCUUUUCAAAGGAUCCCUGCAGGGGGAACACCAGAGGAGGCUGUACAAAGAGCUGCUGGCUAACUACAACAGGCUGGAGAGACCUGUGGUCAAUGACUCAGCUGCCAUCUUGGUGGAGCUGGGCCUCACACUACUGCAGAUCAUCGACGUGGAUGAGAAGAACCAAGUGCUGAUGACCAAUGCCUGGCUGCAGCUGUACUGGACCGAUAUCUACCUGAGCUGGAAUCCAGAAAACUACCCUGGCGUCCAGAACCUGCGAUUCCCUUCAGACCAGAUCUGGACUCCUGACAUCCUCCUUUACAACAGUGCGGAUGAGCGAUUCGACGCCACCUUCCACACCAACGUACUGGUAAAUGCAUCAGGUUACUGCCAGUACAUCCCCCCUGGCAUCUUGAAGAGCACCUGCUACAUCGACGUGCGUUGGUUCCCCUUCGACGUUCAGAAGUGCGACUUGAAGUUUGGCUCCUGGACGCACAACGGCUGGCUGCUGGACCUCCAGAUGCUGGAUGUGGACACAUCCACCUACAUACCCAACGGAGAAUGGGACCUUGUGGGUGUGCCCGCUAAGCGUAAUGAGCUGUACUACGAGUGCUGCAAGGAGCCCUACCCUGAUGUGACGUUUACGGUCACCAUGCGUCGCAGGACUCUUUAUUAUGGACUCAAUCUGCUUAUUCCGUGUGUGCUGAUCUCUGGCUUGGCCCUGCUGGUUUUCCUGCUGCCUGCGGACUCUGGGGAAAAGAUUUCUCUGGGCAUCACCGUGCUGCUUUCGCUAACUGUCUUCAUGCUUCUGGUAGCAGAGAUCAUGCCUGCCACGUCCGACUCUGUUCCUCUCAUCGCCCAGUACUUUGCCAGCACCAUGAUGAUUGUGGGAAUGUCUGUAGUGGUGACUGUUAUCGUCCUGCAGUUUCACCAUCAUGACCCUCAGGGAGGCAAGAUGCCCAAGUGGGUUCGAGUGGUUCUGUUGAACUGGUGUGCCUGGUUUCUCCGUAUGAAACAACCUGGAGAUGAGCGCAAGCGGACUGGUUACAAGUACCGUCAUGCCUCCCAGCACCACUCCAGCACCAGCUCCAUAGAGAUGGGCACAGUACCAAGCCUGUCUGUGCCCCUCUCACAGACAUCCUGCCCCCCGUGCCCCACAGGCACCUCCAAUGGUUCCAUGAGCCUCUACUUUGGUAGUUAUCACCCUAUAGAGAGCCCACACUGCCCGCCAUCUAGCGACUCCGGGGUAGCGCUAGGCGGUCGUGCCCACAGCUCCCCUAGUGAUGAUGCUGAGCCACCUGGAGGAGUAGGCAGUGGCGUCGGAGGGCUGGGGAUGGGAGUUGGCAUCCCCCCACCAGAGAUCCAGCGCAUCCUGGAGGAAGUGUCCUACAUAGCCCAGCGGUUCCGGGACCAGGACAAGGCUGAGGCCAUCUGCAGCGAGUGGAAGUUUGCAGCGGCGGUGGUGGACCGGCUGUGCCUGGUGGCCUUCUCUCUCUUCUCCAUCAUUUGCACCUUCACCAUUCUCAUGUCAGCACCCAACUUCAUCGAGGCUGUUUCCAAGGACUUCACAUAGCUGGUUGCAGUAGCAGGAGGGAGGGAAGGAAGAAUGUGUAAAAUAAAAAAGAGGUUAAAAGAGAAAGUGGAGGGGGAAAGGAAAGAGUGCAGUGCUGUAUGUGGUCCCCAACCUACAGUGUGGACACCCCAUUGGAUAGGAGGUGAGCCACACAGUGUUUUAUGAGGAAAAACGGUAAUAUCUCCAAAAACUUAGUGCAAAGAUAUAGAGCCUUGCAAUUCUGCCUAGCAGCUGAAUCGUGUAGUCAAUUGAACCAAUCAGGAAACAAAACAUUUGCGAUUGAUCAGCAAGUAAUUACAAAGAUACAUCACUAUGUUUCAUUAGCAAAUUUCAAAUUGAGAAAAGAAACAUAUAUAUAGUAAUUAUUCUAAUAUCUAGAAGAGCAAAAGAGGUUGGUCAUGCAGACUAAACAAUGAAGGUCACCUGGGGCAGUAGAGCAUUGCACUGUAUAGAUUUUCUUUUUUACAUUGAUCAAGAUAUCAAUAAGGAAAAGAUAAUAUGGUUGUCUUUAAAUAUCAUCAUUGUAUCCGCACCAGUCAUUUAAAAUAACAGCUUAAUUUACUGCACAAUGACACAUGCAGCACCACAGUCCAACUCACUGCCUCCUCUCUAGUUCAUUUCAGUCAGCUCAACUGUUGUUGUCCUGUAUGUACAAAUCCACACAUGCACAUGUAUAAAUAUCACGUCAGUCUGAGCUCAUACACCGACUGUUCACUUCAUGAACUCUUGAUAAGGAAGUCACACAGACUUUUCUCUGACAAUGUACCAUCCCUGUAAUGAUGUUAGGUUAGAUACUAAAAUGAGAUGUUUCACUGUGAAUUUUAUUGUUUUUCGUUUUCACUUUGAUCAUCAUAGCACUGGACACAACUUCAUUGCUUUGACACUUGUGUACAGGCAUUUUCUUUAUCUGUCAGUAUAAAAAUGUUCAUUUAGGAUAACUUUUCGCUUUGUCUUGCCUGUUUAAUGUCGCCAGUAGUCAACAGUUUGGGACGGUGUAGUAAUGAAACAUCCAGUAUAUUGUAUCAAGCAGCGCUGUGCUGACUGGCAUGUACUGGUGUUGACCAGUAACACAACCAGAACAGGUGUCUUUUAACUGUAGAGUACAUCUUUUAACCAGGUGAUCUGACACUUCGCAUACAAGUCAUUCAUUUAUCCGUAGGAAACAGGUCAAGUAGUUGCAAUAGUUUUGAAAAAGAAAUUGUCUCACUGCUGUAAAAUAACUUAUAUUUAUGUACCCCUAAAAGAUGAACGUGAAGUUGGACUUGUUGCUCUUUACUGUAUAUAAAUGGUCACUGAAGAUGAAGAGCGAUGUGACUUUUGAACCUCUGACACCACAGACAGUGGAAAGAGACUUGACUGCAAGAGGAAAACUUCUCAACUCCAUCUGACACCAUAUCACUGGAGAAUAAACUGUAGAUUUAUAAAAGGCCCUAGCGUCAGUAAGUUUUGCCUGUGUUUUGUAGAGGGAGCCGAGUGACUGAUUCAUACAACAAAGGCAUUAAUGUGUUAAGUUCCUCCUCCACCUCCCAGCCACCUCUUUGUUGUAGCUACAGUUAUUGGUCUCUUUUUCUCUUUCUCAUUCCAAGUGUCAGUUUUUGGCUCUAUGUUAAUAAAAGUCUAUUUAUUCUCUGUAUAA